GGGAGGAGCACGUCCAGCUUCCCGCCCGCGGUCCCGGCCGGCUCGGGGCAGGCGCACUGGCGGCGCUCUCUCGCGUCCCCUCCCCGCACCUCCGCCGUCGCCAGGGCGCAGGCUCGCGUCUGCGCCGGCGGCUGGGCCCUCGGCAAUCACCCUCCGGUCUCUGCCCCGCGCUGCCGGCUUCGCCUUCUGCCUCCCCGCGCUUACCCCUCCCCGGACGGGCCGGACCUUGGCGGAGCAUCUUCUGACUUUUGACUUAUUUGGUCAUUGAUAUCUCAGCAAGCAUGGAGAUAAGAUUAGAAGUUUUGACUUCAACGAGUAUCAAGCAGAAAAAACCCUGGCCACGAGUCUCCUGGUUGGGACAGGAAAAUGAAGCUGUUUUUCUUUUGGAUGAUAAAUUCAUAAAUGAAAUUAAUUUGCUAUCAGGAAGGACAAAGAAGAAAAUUCCCAGUCUUCAGCCUUUGUUGAAGGAUGUUACAGUCCUAACAACGUCCAGUAAUGAUGCCUGGCUGGCUGGGGUACUUGCUACAGGGGAGCUUUUCCUCUGGAACAAAGAUCAAGAUUGUUUGAAAACUAUACAAGCAACUGAAAAGCCUAAAGAAAUGAUUAAAGCUGCAGUAGCAAGCUCUUUGAGACUGUACUUGUAUGUAUCUGGCAAUGGGAAAAGAGUUCUGCUUAUAACUCCUUCUGGAUGCAUAUUUCUUUGGGAACAUUUGGAAUUCAAGAAUAUCUUAUCUUCUAAAAGCCCUUCAUUGGUGGGCCAAUGGUCCCAGAUCAUACCUGAAGAAGCAGUUCAUUUGCCUUCCACUGAAGAUAAAGAAGCAGUAGUGCAUGCUGUUUUUAUAAAAAAUGAGUUAUUUGGAGACUGCUGCUUGUGUUCAUUUACUUUCUAUUCCGGGGAAUGCCUGAAGUUAACAUUUCUAGCAAUUCGGUGGCAUGAAAAUGUAUUUACAUCUAUAAGAUCAUUGACAUACCAUGUUCAAUGGGCACAACAAGAUUGCCUUCUGUGCGGUCUGAUUCCUAAAUGUGAAUCAGUAAAGUCAAGAGGAGCUCUAAUUUCUGCAUUUUCAAGAGAUGGCAUUACCCUGGCAGUAACUCUUAAUCAGAAAGACCCAAAGGCAACUCAGGUAUUAUUUAUAAACACACUGAAUUUUGUUACACUCUGUGGUAGCCUUAAAGGAUGUAGUAAUAAGAAUCCUGUGGUUCCAGCUACACUUAUCAGGUCCUACUGGAUAGGUGAUAUCAGCUGGACUCAUGAUAGUCUUUUUCUGGCUUGUGUGUUAAAACGUGGCUCCCUGAUUUUAUUGACCUGCCAAGGUGAAUUGCUAACGUUAAUUACAUUUGGUUGCUCUAUAGAAUUUGGGCCAGCAGAAUUUAUUCCUCUUCACCCACUAAUAACAUAUAGACCACAGCAGUUUACACUUCAAGAUUCAGAUAAUUCUGUAAAUUCAUCAGCUUCUGAUAGUGACCCUAUGAGACAGAGAUUUUCUAUAAAAGCACAUUCACGGUUACCCUACCUCAUUAUUUCUGAUGGAUACAUGGUCACAACCCUUCGAUUUCUUGAUAAUCUGUCUCCAUCAGUGCUCAUGAGAUCCCUUCUACUUGAUUCAACACAGAGGCUUGAGAAAACAUACCAAAGUGUGAUGCUGUCUAAGCCAAAAGGCCAAGGGCUGAACUUGCAAUCACUGGAUUCCCUAAGAUCUAGCUUGUUAAAACACCACGGAAAUGAAAAUUUAGCUGAUUCUACUGUUCCCAGAUUCUUGCAGGCAGAAGAAACAAUGAAGUUAAAUGAAAAAACAGCAGAUUUGCAGGAUUUUGAAGCCAAAGAAACUAAUGAAGGCGAACAUUUUCCAAACAACUUAUUCUCUUUUUGGAACCAAAAGAAUGAUCUAUUGUUUAGUAGUGCCAAAGGAGGAAGAUUGGAAUUUGCUUCUAUGUUUGAUACCAUACAUGCAAAAGAUAAUACUGAGGAGACGGAUAAAACUGUUACAGAACUGCAUUCUGUCCAGAAAAAUCUCCUUGCAGCAUGGACUAUAGGAAUUUCAAAAAAUGUGACAGAAAAAAAUUUAAUGUUAAAUUACACAGUAGUUUGUAUCACUCAUUUUUUGUACAUUCUUCAAUUUAUAAAAUGUCCUUUCCCCAAACUUGAUCUUUUUUUAAGCAAGAGCCCAAGACAUGAUGCAUGGGUACUUUGUAUCUUUCAACUUUUUCAUCAAUGUUUAUCAAUCCAGCACUGGGAUAUGAGAUACAGACAAGAUGUAGGACAUUUGGUAAAGCUGACCUCAAAUACUAUAAAGCUUUUGCUGACACAGCAACAACAGAAUCAGUUAUUCUCAAAGAAGCUUUUAGCCUGUUUUCAUUUACUCAGAAUGGUAGCUGAUCAUUUAAAUGGCGUAUACAGUCUUCAACCAGAAGUUAUUUCAGCAUUAACUGAUGGAAGUAGAACAGCAAAGCAAGACUCAUUGGUGGUACCCAUUUUUCAAAUGUUUCAAGAUAGUGGUGCUCGGAAGAACUGGUCUUGGAAUUCAUCUUUCAAGAUUCGUCCUCAAGUAUUAAAUUUUGUUCAACAGCCAGGACACAGAUUGAUUGUUCUCUGGAGAGUAUUGUACAGAAAAACUUUAUGGUAUCAAACACAGUUAAAUCAAAGAGUUCCUGAAGAUGACAUACAGUUAACUGAAAAGAUGACACAUGAAGCAUCUACUGUCAAGUCCCUGUUAUGUCAUAUACAGGCUAAAUUGCAGACUGCUGGAGUUCGCUUGAACCAGACCUUAGAACUUAAAUCUAUCAAUGGGGAAGAGUGUUUCCUAUUAGGAUCAUAUGAAAAGUCUGUUCAACUAUGGAAGAAAGCUCUUCAAGAAACCCAAGAGAAAGGAGGAAGAAGGAUAUGUUUUCUUCAGAUACGCUAUUAUCUUUCCCUUUUGUACUGCCACCUCUAUAACUAUAAUUUAAAUGAUGCUCAAGGAUUAUGUGAUCAGCUAGUAAGAGAAAUACUGAUAUGGUCCCACCUACCUGUAAAAGAAAAUGAAGAUUGUUCAGUUCCUGAGAAGUCUCAUUGUGAGUUUGGAGUGACUGGAAAUGUUCAUCCUGAAGCGGCGGUGAGGGUUAUCCAGUCCAUGGCUCGCUUCAUGGCUGCCUAUUUCACCAAUCAGCUGCUUUGCAUUUUGCCACCUCACAAUGUGAAUGUUCUUCCUCCCCUUCAUAUUAAAACAGAGCAGCCCUUUCGACUUAUUCCUCUGCAACACUCGAAGGUGGCCAGUGUUGUUAGAGAGCAGAAUCUUUCUAAUGUGUGGACAGUUGAAUAUGCCCUUGAAUUAUUAUUUAUUGGUGGCCUGGUUCCAGAAGCUGUGUGGUUGGCACAUAAACUUGGAGACUGGAAGACGUCUGUUUCCAUUGGUGUGGCCUUGCAAUUGUUCUGUAAACAUGAUAGCAAUUUUACAAGGUCCAGGAAAAAGGGUCUGAAUCUACCAUUAAAUAUGACUCCAGCACAGAUUUUCCAGGAAAAACUGCAGUGUUUUUUAGGUCAGCCAGCCUCUUUGGAAGCAAAGAAUGAAAUGGGCUCAAAAUACAAACAGUUUACAGAUCCCAUUGAAGAAGAAGAUGCAGAUCUGCUAUUUGGUUCUGUGCAGGAAGUACUGAAAGCAGCAGUUAUGGCUGAUGCAGAUAUUCUUUCAGAGACAUUUCAGCUUCUGAUAAACUCUGCCAAGGACUUCAGUCAGAGACUGUGGGGCUUAGUGCCAGUCGGCUUGUAUCUUCCAGCUCCUCCAUUAUAUUGUCCUCAGCCAGCUAUUCUUAGUGAAGAAGAUGGUGAUGAUCUUCUUUUAAAAGCUGAAAAAGAUAAUCGCCAAAAGGUGUCUGGAAUCCUUCAGCGUGUUCUCUUGCUUUUCCGGGCAGCUCGGUGUUCUUUUCCUGUAGCACAGUGGUACAUCUUGCAGUUGAGAUGGGCAAGAAAAGUCAUGCAGAAGAUUCGAAUGAAAGGAUCCCUUCCUUCAUUGAGUCCUUUCCCUCAGUCGUUACUUAAUUUCUGUAAAGGAGGUGUAGCAUUCUUUCGACCUGGAGCAACUGGAGACCACAAGCUUGAUGAAGUGUCCAUUAAAGCAAUAGGUUGCUUCAGAGAACUUUGUGCUUUGUGUUGGAUGCUGCAUGUCCGUGAUAAGUUAUCCUAUAGUUGCAGGCAAUAUCAGAAGGCAAGAGAAAAUGUGGAGGGAAAAAAGGACCUCGAAGUGAAGUUUGAUUCUUGUAUGGUUGAGCACUGUCUCAGUGCAGUGGAAUGGGCUUGUAGAAUGCUACCCUUCUCUCGGUUUUCCAAUAUUGAAGAACUUAUUCAGGAUCUAAUUUUGAGCCUCAUUGGAGAACUGCCACCAAUCAGAGAGGUAGCAGAAAUUUUUGUGAAAGCAUUUCCCAAUCCUGAGGACAUAAGGGUUCCUUUAAGAGAAAAAUAUCACUCUCUUCAACAGAGACUCAGACACUAUGUUGUGAAAGGUCCCCAAACUCAGGAAAUGAUGUCUGUUAUCAUGCAUUCUAUCCAUAAAGUGAGGGUGAAAGCUCUGAAACGUGUGCAGAGAAAUAUAGGUUCUUUUGAGAUGAAUAUAUGGGAACCAACUGAAGAAGAAAAACCAGCUGAGGUUCUAGGUUUUGACACGUUUUCCUUGGGAACUAGUUUGAGCAGGAGCACACUCCCAGAACCAGGGAAUUCUCUGGUCCACAGUGAUGCAGAUACAGCUGAUACUUUCUCGGAAGCUUUGUUGGCUGAAGAAAAAAGUAGGAUACAUUUCUCUCAAAGAAAUGCCCCAAAUCACAUGGAAUUAACAUUGACUGGUAAGCCCAAUGGAAAAAAGAAAAUAUGUAAUCAGAAGGAAAACCCUAAAAGAAAAGAAGAUCAUGAAAAGUUAUUACAAAAUGCACUUCCUGUAAUAGGUGUUUGGGAAUUUGAACGUGACGAUGAUGAAUAUAUUAAAUUCCUUGAACUCUUCUUGAGUUAUGUUCUUGAAAGAGACCGACUUGGUUCCAAGGAUGCUGGCAUUCCAUUUCUAACUAGCUUUUCUGGACAUCUUAGAGAACAUGAACUUAAUUCUUUACUUUUUGAUGUACAUACAACAUUAAAACGACGUCAGGGCAAAACCAAAAGCCAGAAUGUGUUUAGAGCUGGCUCUUGCUUUGUUGUUUCUCCUGAGUCAUAUGAGUAUGAAAAAUCAGAAAACCAGACACUUUCAGCUUCUGUACUGGUGAAUCAAGGGAUCAGGCCUUUUUUAGAGAACGCUUUGAAUGAAGUCAAUAAAAAUGAAGGGAAGAGUGGGUUGUUUGGUUUAAAACAGAAGUCAGUUUACAGAAUACAAGAUGACAAUGCAGAGAAAACUUUAAUACAGAGAUUGUCAAACCAUAGUUUUUGCACUCCCAAGUCUAUUGAAACUAGAAGAUGUAUUUUCAAAGCAAUUCAACGCAACGAUAUUAACCCUCAAGAGGAUCUUCCUCUAGCACUAAAUAACACAUUUGGCAGUAUAAGAAGGCUGUUGGAAUGGAUGAUAAGAUGGUCUGAUAGAAGACUGCUCUGUGAUUUUGGUCUCACUGCGUCAUCCUGUGAGUACAGUCCCAUCAUUCGUGUAAAGACCUCUACAGCUGCCAUUCUUACAUCAUUGUGGCUUUUGAAACAACCCUAUUUUGCUACAUAUAAGGCAAAAAAUACCAUUAUUAAGGUGCUAGAGAAUAAUUACCCUGAGCCUCAGAAUGGACCCAAUAUAGAGAGUGAUUAUAAAACAGAUGCUGGCUGUUCUGUUGCAGUAUCCACUCAAGGUGGGACGGAGGAAAGAAAUGAUCAAAAUGAAUCUUGUCAAAGUAUCUUGAAAAUGCCAACUGAAGUAAAAAAUCCCGAAAUAAAAGGAACCAAUGAUGAGAUUACUUCUGUCACUGAUGAUACUGAAAAAGAAUUUAUAGAUAUUGAGGAGGAUCUUUUAGAAGUAGAAACAUUUACACAGGAGGAAAUGGAUAUAUACCCAUCAGACUAUGAAGAGGAUGCCAAAGAAUCUGUUGGAAUUGUUAAAAGUCCCAGUAUUGCCUCUUACAUGCAGAUGCAGACUUUACCACAGCAUUUAGAAGAACAUUCCACAGGAGAGGUUCAGUGUCCAAGGGAAGAACUGUUAGAGACGUGUAUGGAGGAAAAAUCAACUGAACAGAGAGGUAUGAUCGAAGGCUUUAUAGAUCCAGAACACAUCACUUCUCAUUCAUUUUGUGUAGAUACAAGUUCAGAAGUUUCUAGUGCACGGAUCUCUGCAUGUAAAGAUAAAUCUUCCUCAGCUCCACCUUUGGUAUCAAAUAGAGUCACUGUUGCUUCACAAACACCUGGGCCAACAGCUCAGCCAACCCAGAGAAAUGAACCCAGGGCUCAGUUAUCACAUUAUUCCGAUUCUGUUAGGCAAAUGCUCCAAGAUGAAAUGUUUAAAUUAGUUCAGCUGCAACAGAUCAACUUCAUGAGCCUAAUGCAAAUAGUAGGAUCAUCCUUUGCUAACCUCCCGGAUAUACAUCAACUUCUACAGCAGUCUCAGUCUGUGCAUUUGGUGGGAAGCCAAGGAUCAAACCCCACAAGAGGGAGUAAUGAUGUUGAAGACACCAGUAGAAAUCUGAAGGAGAGAUUUUUCGUUAAACCACAACCCAUGGGAGAGCACAUCAGAGAGCCUGGCAAGAACAGCCCACACUGCCAUAAAGAAAUUGUGCAAUCUGAUGAAAAUAAUAUUGGAAGUUUACAGAAUGUUCCACAUGGGAGUGUUCCUUUUUGUCAGUUAGAAGGCCAAACCCAGAACAGAGGACAAACUCCAGCAUCUCAGAGCUUACCAACCACUUCAUUGUCUCCAGCUCCUGCUGGAAAUACUCACCUCCACCUUUUGUCCACGUCUUCUGCCAUUCUGAAGACACCUAAACUUAUCCCCACUGCAAAAACUUUCAGACCUGAUGAUGGUUUUCCUUUGCUUCAAUUUCAGCCCAAGCCUGAAUUUAAGCCCCUUUCCUUCCAUACAGAAAGAGUUCCUCAAGUUCCCUUCAGUCCUCCGCCACAGCCAAGAGUGGCUUGGGGAUUAUCUGAUUUCUUCCAGCCUCCUUUGCCAAAGAGAGCAAUGGACACUACUUCAAUGUCCCAUUUGAAUUUGAGCCAGUAUAAUACUGAAGUCAUAAAAAAAGCAGUUGAGCAGAAGAAAUGGGCAGAAACAAUAAUUACAGAAAUCCCUAAGCAUGUGAACUUGGAUCAGUAUGUUGGACAAGAAAACUUGACACCUCAGCAGGACUCUGCAACAUUUAUAAAACCAGAAAAACUGUUUGAUGUUAAGGCAGGGCCCUUUGAGAUAUCUCCUCAGAAUUCUUUUGGACUUCCAUUAUUGCACCUGCAACUUAAACCUCCUUCUGUAUUUUCCUCUGCCUCAAGAGCAUCAGUUACAGUUCCAUCAAUACCUAUUAGAACUGUAGCAGAAGAAAGCAAAUACCCAAGACUAUCACUACUUCAUUCAUGUCUAUCCCAAGAAAAUAUGUACCAAAACCCACAACUUAUUCCACUUGAAAACCUUAUUGCAUUUAAACAAAUGCAACAGAAAUUAACACAUAAUUUAUUUGAACAAGGCGAUCCUGGACACCUCCAGCUUCUACAGGUCAAAAUAGAAUCAUCUGAAUUGAGACAAGGAAAGGACAGUAAAAAAAGACAAAGACGACGAGCUGAAAAAGAGCUGCAAGAAAAAAGAUCAGAGAAACUAAGGAGAAAACCAAGGGUGACUUUCCAACCAGAGGAUUUCAUCAUUAAUGAUAAUGAUUCAGAAAUAGUUAUGAAACCCAAGGAGCAACAAGAACAUCAUGGUUCCCAGCCUUUGGAAGACUUUGACAUUCCUUUUGAAAAGCUCCAGGAUGAUGUUAAUACUUCAGCUGGAUUGCAUUUCAUGGCCUCUGUAAAAAAGAAAGCUAAAGAAUGUCAGGAUGCAAGUACAAAUACAGACCCAGGUAAAGAUGCUGCUUCUCAAGAAGUUGUUUCUGAAUGUCAUAAAAAUCAGCAAAUCAUUUCUUCCUCAUCAGAACAUGAAUCUUUGAAUGUUCCUCAACUCUUGGCACCAGAUGUAUAUCUAAAUCUCAGACUUUCCACUGAAAUAUCAGAGAAACCUCUGUCACCUUCAGCAAGUGAAACGAUUGGACACACUUACAUAAAUGUGAUUGACAUUGAAGCUGAUGAUCUACACAAAUUACCUGUUAGAGAAGAGCCUUCAGAUGAUAAUAUUAUCAAACAGCAAAGCGAUUGUCUAGAAGUCCCAUCUUCUGCAGAAUUACAUUACAUGGCAGCUUCAGUUACUAAUGCUGUUCCCCUGCACAAUUUUAAGAGUCAAGAAUCUGGCAAUUCAGCUAUGGAUUUAUUUUUUAAACCUGCAAAAGUGUCUUCAACCUGUCUGGAUGGAAGAAGCUGGAGAGCAGGCAUUCCAGAAGUGAAGGAGCCUUGCAUCACCUCACCUCCACCAUCAGACAUACAGCAGGACAAAGAUCUGCCAAAGCCAGAUGUUCGAUUCAAGGAACCAAGCUCAAAGUCAGAUGCCGCAGAUUAUCUGCUGUGGGAACUACUACAGGAUGUCUCUGCCACUCGUCCUGCGCCAAGCGCUGCAGCUCGCCGGCUAGAGCAUCUCACCUCAAAGCUUCAGAGAAUUGAUGAACAGCUGUUAGCAAUACAGAACAUUGCUGAAAACAUAGAGCAGAAUUACCCGAGACACAUAAUGCUAGACCGACAUUGUAUUAAGGUUGAACCUGUAAAUCACAUUGAGCUGUCUUCUGGCCCCGAAUCUGAGAAAACAUUGCCUUCAGAAACCAUUCACAUUCCUGAAGAAGUGCAUUUCCUGACUCAUAUGAAUAAAGAAGAUCAAAGGGACAACGAACAGAUUUCAGUAACGGAAACUCAUCCUAGUCAGAAAACCUGUGUGUUUCCUUCUGCCGAUUCAGCUGUCAGCCUUUCCAGUGACCAGAAUUUGACUUCUCCUGGUGUGAAUAACAGUGAUGAAUUAUUUGAGAGUGUUUCAGUAGAUCCACUCCAGAUGAGUGAACUGACUGAUAUUGCAGACAUUAUCAAUGACCUUAUAACAAAAGAUGGAGUUUCCAGUGAAGAGCUUGGCUUAACAGAACAACAGGCGAGGAGCAUCUCCAGGAUUCAGCAUUCCUCUGGUAGACGUCCACAAAGAACUGAGAAGGAGAGAAAAGAGAUUCAAGUCUGGAUGAAAAGAAAGCGAAAAGAAAGAAUGGCAGAGUACUUAACUCAGCUAGCAGAGAAGAGAGGGCAAGAACAUCAUCCUUUCUGCCCCAGGAGCAACCCAUUUUACAUGACCUCAAGGGAAAUCAGGCUGAGACAAAAGAUGAAGCACGAAAAAGACAGAUUGCUACUCUCUAACCACUAUAGUCGUCGAAUCUCACAAGCAUACAGUCUGAUGAAUGAACUGUUAUCUGAAUCAGUACAGCUUCCAGCAACUGCACAGAAACCAUUGCCUAACAAACCCAGACCUGCUCAAAUUCCCAGAAGGCAACGCUCCCUUUCUCCAAGAGGAGAGAAUCGACAUGAUCACAAUUUUCCAAUACAUAGACCUGGAAAAGUCAGAUAUAUAUCCAUCAAACCAAGUUAUACCCAAAAGGGGAGACCUUUGGGGCAAACUCAAGGCUCACCUUGGCCAUGUGGAACUGCUACUUUUACCAUACAGAGGAAAGCUGGUGAAGCCAAAGUGGCAGUAAGAAAGGCUGUGCAGUCUCCAGUUACCAUCCGAAAAGGGUCUAAUGCUCCCUGUCUGCGGUGUACAAAAUAUCACACAAGUGCUGGUCUUGCACCUCAAACCAAGGAGGUAUGUUUAGAGUAUGAGAGAGAGGAGACUGUGGUGAGCCCCUGGAUGGUACCUUCAGACAUCCGUGCGAUUCUCUCUGAGAGUCACAGUUCCCUUCUACAGGACUCAUCACCAACUGAAGAAAAGCCAGAGCCUCUUUUUGGGGUGUGUGGCACAGAUGGCUUGUCUGAGAGCACGGGCAGCACCCUCAGCAAGCUUGACUGGGAUGCCAUUGAAGAUAUGGUGGCCAGUGUGGAGGACAAGAGCCCGUCUGUCCACUGGGCCCUGGACCUGUAAGACCUGCAUGUCACUCUGCUUCCACGCAAAGGCGAGCAACUCAGCGUUGUAGUUCUGAAAGAUUUGUGGGUUUAAGGGAGAGAAGCAAUGAAGGAAGCAAUGUGAAUUUACCACCUGCAGGCAUAUUAUUACCUGGAUUAGACAUUUUAAGAGGAAAAAUAAACAUUUCUCAAUAAGUUUGCCUUCAAGGGAAAGGGGUUAACUAUAGAU